AUGCCUACUGUGGUGUUAAUGGACGCGUCCUUGUCCAUGACGAGACCAGUGUCGCAGGACAUCAGCGAGGAGUUCCAGAGGAAGAACUUGGCAGUCCACGGCCUUAAUAUGUUAUUCGAGCACAUGGCCUCCAACUAUCGUUUGGAGUUCACCGCACUUAUGGCCUUCUCCUCCCUCUGGGAACUCUUGGUGCCCUUCACCAGAGAUUAUAACGCUUUACAGGACGCCCUCAGCAACCUGGAGGACUAUGACAAGACGUGCGUGGAGUCCGCUUUGAAUGGGGUCAGCAACGUAGUGCAGCAAGAGUGGGGCAGUGCCUGUCCCUGUCAGGUGGUGCUGGUGACCGACGGGUCUCUCGGUAUUGGAAAAGGCUCCCUGCGCCAUUCACUUCAAUCGUUGCGCCACCGGGGGGACGAGAAGAAGUUCCCUCUGCCCUUCCCAUUCCCCACCAAAAUGUUCAUCAUGUGUGUCGCCAACACAGAUGAGUUACAGGCAACUGGUGCUUUGGACAAAUGGGAAGAGCUUCUUAGUCUCAGUGGUGGGGAUGGUCAGGUCUUCACCGUGGAGGGUCCUCUGUGCAUGCAGGGUGUGCAAGCCAUGUUUGGGAGAUUAAUUGACAGGGCAUACUGUCCCUUCCAUGCGGUUUUGCACUGUGGGAACUUGUCCGCAGACGUUCAGGUGUUCCCUCGACCUGAACCCGUCGUGGUGGAUGAGGAGGUGGAACCUCUAGCUCGAAAUGUCAGCACAGAUUUGGAAAUUGUGGGUUUUAUUGAAAUAGCUGACAUAUCCAGUCCUCCUGUCAUAUCCAGACACUUAGUACUACCUAUUGCUGUCAACAAAGAAGUUGAGGACGUUGGCACAGGCGCUGCUGAUGAGCUGGAAGAGGAAGUGUCUGCGAGUCAAAUGGCAGGGAAAAGUCCAAACUUUUGCGUGCUCUUACAUGGCAGCCUAAAAGUGGAGGGUAUGGUGGCACUUGUCCAAUUAGGGCCCGAAUGGUUCGGCAUGCUGUACUCCCAAGCAGACAGCAAGAAGAAAUCCAAUCUGAUGAUGUCACUGUUUGAACCCAGUACUGAGCCUUUGCCUUGGCUGGGAAAGAUCACUCAUUUGGGACCAAUCUCAGAGGCAGUAGAAAAUCCUUACGGAGAGGAUGACAGUAAAAGUCCUUUCCCUGUGCAGCCGCCCGUCAAAAGAAGCUAUGCGCAGAAUGUCACUGUGUGGAUUAAAGCCAGCGGACUACAGACGGAUGUGCAAAAGAUUCUGAGGAAUGCAAGAAAACUACCCGAUAAAACACAGACCUUCUACAAGGAGCUGAACCGCCUUCGUAAGGCUGCAUUAGCAUUUGGAUUCUGGGACCUCCUCAAGGGAGUGGCUGAGUUGCUGGAGCGGGAAUGCACAUUGCUGCCUGACUCUGCUCACCCCGAUGCCGCUUUCCAGCUCUCGCACGCAGCACAGCAACUCAAGCUGGCCAGUACCGGGGACUCCCAAUAUGCCGCUUUUGACCACAACAUUGUUCCCAUGCACACAGACUUCUCAAACUGA